CCCGGAGCCAGGAGGUGCAUUUGUUUAGGUUGCUUUUAUUUAGAAUUGACUACCUGCGACCGGCAGAGGCCACCUGGGCUAUUGAUCGCCUGCCUGUAAAAAAGCUGUUUCCCCCCCCCCUCCCACUUCGGCUGGUGCGUCGAAGCUGCCGUGGAAAAAGUACUCGGGAUAAAAAAAAGCGGAGGGAAAUCCUCGAAGGAAAUUUGACCGAUCGGUCCCCGAUCCCGGGGCUUUGGCGAAGUUUUCCCAAAGGACGCCGGAGGAGGGAUUCAGCCCAGGUUAUGGCUAUUCUCUAGAGGAGGCAGAUGGGGAAGGAACCAGCGAGACCGUCUGGCCACCUCCUGGAUUUAAAGUGGUGCUGAACUUAAACACCGGAAAUGUACAGAUAACCUAAAAUGGAGAAAGCAAACAGCCCCAGCUUGCAACUCGAGCAGCUAGUGACCCAGCCAGUCCCUGUGACAGGCCACGGGGAUGCCUUCUCUUACAAGGAAAAUCUGAUUGGUGCCUUGCUGGCUAUUUUUGGGCACUUGACAAUCAGCAUUGCUCUCAACCUCCAGAAAUACAGUCAUAUCCGGUUGGUGAGUUGCAAAGAGACUAGGGCUUAUUUUAGGACCAAGACCUGGUGGUGCGGUUUGUUCCUUCUCUGCCUGGGAGAAUUGGGGGUCUUCUCCGCCUACGCUUUUGCCCCCCUGUCUCUGAUAGUGCCUCUGGGGGCCGUCUCUGUCAUAGCAAGUGCAAUCAUCGGAGUCAUAUUCAUCAGGGAAAAAUGGAAACCUAAAGACUUCUUGAGGCGUUAUGUUUUGUCCUUCAUAGGCUGCGUCUUAGCCAUUGUUGGGACGUACCUGCUAAUCACCUUUGGACCGAACAAUCAUGAAGUCAUGACAGGGGAGAACAUCAGAAAGCACUUGGUCAGCUGGCCGUUCCUUCUCUAUAUGCUGGUGGAGAUUAUUCUGUUCUGCCUGCUUUUAUAUUUCUACAAGGAGAAGAAAGCAAACUAUAUUGUGGUGAUUCUGCUUCUGGUGGCCCUCCUUGGUUCCAUGACUGUCGUUACCGUCAAAGCCGUUGUGGGCAUGGUCGCGGUUUCCAUUCGGGGGAAUAUGCAGCUGGGCUACCCCAUCUUCUACAUCAUGGCGGUGUGCAUGGUGGCGACAACAGCCUUUCAGGCAGAAUUUUUAACCCAGGCUUCCCACUUGUAUGAUGUGUCCCAGAUUGCCAGUGUGGGUUAUAUCCUGUCUACUGUGAUAGGAAUUACAGCAGGUGCAACUUUUUAUUUGGACUUUAUUGGAGAAGAUGUUCUUCAUGUUUGUAUGUUUUGUUUGGGGUGCCUCAUUGCCUUUCUAGGCGUCUUUCUGAUCACUAGAAACAAGAGGAAAUGUGUCUUUUUUGAGCCUUAUAUCUCCAUGGAUGCCAUGCCAAGCAUGCAGAAUCUGCACGACAACGGAACUGCAGUUCAACCUGAACUGAAGACUUCUUUUUCCUACGGCGCCCUGGAAAACAAUGAUAGCAUCUCCGAAAUUUAUACUCCUGCUACAUUAACCGUUGUCCAGGAAGAACAUGCUUCUUGUCGGGUCAUGUCACACAGCAAAAGCGAAUGAAUGCUCUUUGAAGGAAUACUGUAGGUGUGGUUGUCUAUUUAUUACCCCUCCCUUUCUGUUAUUUCACUCAUUGAGCCCAGAAGGCAGCUGAAGUAGGGAUGAACUCCUAUAAUAAUUCUAAAAAAAAAAUACUGAUUAAAGAUCAACGUACCUGCAGAUACAAAAGUAUUCCAUGGUAAGCUGAAUUGCACUGGAAUCCGAACAGCUGCAUCAUUGCAAAUGCAGAAGGCAUUUGAGUAGCUAAACAGACUGUAUGUAGGUGCCUACAGACGCUCUGUUAUAACAGAAGCGGUGGUUUCCUUGGGAUAACCAGGGAUUGUGUGUCUUUUAAAAACUGGAAUAAUGGCAUUCUCCAAGAGAUAUGUAUUAGGGAUUUCCCAUACUGAAAACGAAUUAUUUCCCCUUUUUCUGUUGGCAUGGCUAACCAGAGAUAUAUUGAUGCAGUUCACUAGUGUGUCCUCUGUUUUACUUAGUACUGUACUUUUCAGACUAUAAGACGCACUGCAGUAUAAGAUGCACCUUCCUUUUGGGGGGAGGAAAAGAUAAUAUUCCUUUGCCCAUUGGCCAUGGCCCGUUUGCCACCGCCGUGACCUGUUCGGCAUGGCCCAUUCACCUCGCCCAUUUGCCGCAGCCUGUUCGCCACCACGGCCUGUUUGGCGCAACCCAUUCACCGCUGCCCAUUCACCGCCACCACGACCUGUUUGCCGGCGUCUGUUUGCCAGCAUCUGUUUGCCGGCACCAUGGCCUGUUUGCCACAGGCCAUGCUCUGUAGCCACCUGUUUGCCGGCACUGCAGCCCAUUUGGUGUGACCCAUUCAUCACCGCUGAUCCCCACUGCCUGGAACUGGCUGAAAAUGCGACGCAUAGAGGCCAAAAACAGGCGAAGGGUGAGGACUGGCAGGUGGGUGGGCCUUUGGCAAUAGUUGGUGUAUAAGAUGCACUGCAAUUUUCACCCACUUUGUGGGGGGGAGUGUGUCUUAUAUUUCGAAAAGUAUAGUAUAUCUUGUUCUACCAAACCUGGGAAUUGAGAGGCAGGAUAUAUUCUAGUAUUCUGUUACCCUGGUCAAAGGGUUUAGUCAACAGUUCAACAUUUUUUCCCAUGAAAACUAUGCAACUGAAGACAUAUCGCCACUGAGAAUUGUACCUUUCAGAUCAACACACCAUGAUUUAGUUAGGAGUCCAACGUUGGUCUGCAACUCCAGGUGUUGAGAAUGUGAUGACACGUGUUUUGCUAAUCCAAAGACCACCAUCUUGAAAUCAUAAUGUUUGUGUUUUUAAUAAUUGUCCUGAAAAUGAAAUUCUAGAUUGUAAUGUCUUUUGCAUUAGGCCUGGUCUUUAUAUUUAGCGGAUUUGGGUAAUAAUACAGGAUGAAUGGCAUCAUUUCGUAGUAAUGUUUGGAGACUGCAAUUGAAAUGCUUUUUUGUGGAUUAAAAAUACGUCUCUGCAAAUAGAAAGAAAGCCAGCUUUUGCAGAUGUCACUGAGUUGUGACCAAAACCACCUUCCUUCUCUCCUGUGUGUGAUAUUUAUGUUUAAAUGUGCAGGAAUUAUUUAAAUGGAGGAGCAUUUAAAAAUAUCCUGGUGCUUCAACUUCCUGUCUAUACUACUGCAACCUAUUUUGCUAUCUCUGGCCAUUUUGCCCGUAAAUAAAGACACUGAUUUCCUGCAAGUUUUUGUUUUUAAUUUCUACUGUAUCACGAUUCUAUCUGCUCCUUCUUCCCAGCAGAUGACAACACUUAGACAACCUUGGCUGAUCUUAAAAAGCUAAGCUCUGUUAGAUGUGGUUUAGUAUUGAGGAUGGAUGACCAGUGGAAAAUCCCCAGUUGUAGGGUGUUUCUGGAAAAUGUAAAAAGCAUCUCAGAAAAUACAGUCCCUACCCUUUUCAGGUUUCUGGUGGUUGCCAGUAGAAAUGAAUAGAUUUUAACCCCGGUUUUGUGGAAGAAUUAACAUGAAUGUCAACCUUGCUGCGGUUUUCAACGGCCCUGUGGAGUCUGAAUGGAGGAUACUCAGGUAUUUUGGCCCACUUUCACAGAGUGAUUUGCACUUAAGAUCCAUGAAGAUCCAUGGGCAGUAUGAAAUAAAGGCGUGUUUCUCAACCUUGGCAGCUUGAAAAUGUGUGACCUUCAACUCCCACAAUUCCCCAGCUGGUUAGGGAAUUCUGGGAGUUGAAGGCCACACAUCUUAAGGUGCCCACGUUUGAAAAGCACCUCUCUAAACAUCUUCAGAAUCUCCAACUUUCUUUUUGAUUAUUGCUUUGAUACCUUCUGGAGAUACCUGUAGGAAAUUGAAUUUCUCCCCAUGCCAUCAAUCUUCCCUAAUAUCAAACAAAUAUUUAGGUGUAACUGCAAAGGAAAAAAAGAAAACUUCCUGGGUUAUUGAUCUGGGAAUCCUUUUACAAGCAUAGAUUGUCUGGAAAUUCCUCUUAAAUUCCUCUUGAGGAGACAGUCAUGGUCCUUUUCAGAAUGCUACCUAACGUUCUUGUCUCACUGAUUUCUAGAAUGACUAACGUAUUUGUUGACUGAAAGUACUGUCUUCACCAUGGUAUGUGUAAAUAAACAAAGCUUUACGA